AUGGUAUUUGUGGGACUCUGUAGCAAAUUGGGGACCUCGGAACAAGUAGCUAUGAGGAGAGAUGUAGUUGAUUUCAGGGAAAUGAUGAUUUUGUUCAGUGAAUCUAAUACCGAUGUUCGUAUAAUAUUCAGUGGGAGUCAUAGAGAAGGAUUCAGACUGAAUGAGUCUGACAGGGACUUUAUGAUCUCUCUUGAUAACUAUCGAGUAACCUGGAAUUUAUCUCAGACUCAGUAUUACAACAGACAUACACUGGUUCUCUCUGACCGCUCUGAAAGUCCACCAGGAUUCACGUUACUUCAAUUACUCUUACCAGCCGUAACAACAACACAAAUCUGGUCAGCAUGCUUUACAAUGCAUGGAAAACUGUAUAUAUCCAGUUCCGGAUUUCGAAAUAAUAUGUAUUUACCAUCCAGACCCGAUUCCCAUGUUCAUGGACCCUGUCGGAGUGGAAAUUGGAAAGGAAUAGAGUUUGAUGAUGCUCACUGUUUUGCAAGUGAUUUCUGGCCUCCAUCUGCCUUAGCAUGGAUCGAUAGAUGUCGCUCGUGGCCGAGUCCUCAUGUAGUUGAUGAUAUUGUCAGGAAUGGAUGUCACUUUGUAGCAAUAGGGCACAAGCAAGGAAAUCACGAGGAAAACGAAUGGAGAAUUUCAUUUUCUCUUGCAGAGCAAAAGCUUGUAUACACAAUGAACCACUGUCAGUUUCUCACGUAUGGUUUACUUAAGCUUAUUUUAAAAGAAGUCAUCAAGGAAAAGAUAGAAGAAAGUUUACUUUGCUCUUAUCAUAUGAAAACAGCAGUAUUUUGGGUGAUUCAGCAAAAUUUAAUACCUCAUUGGUAUCCACAAAAUCUUCUGGAGUGUUUCUGGGUCUGCUUUAAACUCCUUCUUAAAUGGGUGUAUGAAGGCGUAUGUCCUAACUUUUUCAUUCCAGAAAACAACAUGUUUUUAACUAACAUAUUUGGUGAAUCUCAAAGGAAGUUAUUCCUAGAGUUAUACCGACUGUAUGAGAAGGGUAUAUCAUUACUACUACACAGUCAAUCCGUCAGAUCCUUUACUAUAGAUUUUCUCUGUAAUCCCAGACAAUGUAUUUCUUUAAAUCAGCGAAGUGCUGACUGGGAGGUUGUUUUUGAAUCAGAAUUAUUUAGAGAGAUAUGUAAUAACGAUGCAAUAUUUACACCAAACUUUGACUGCUGCUUACAGCUCCUACAAUCGAUGGAAACAUUGAUAAUUUUAAGUCUUAGAAACUAUAAAAAUUAUCAAAUUCUCAUGGCACAGAAACUCACGGUCAGCAUUUUCCAGAACACAGCUUUUAUGUUACACAGCAGGUGCGCUAAUAUUUUAAUGAACAAGUUCAUGUAUAAAGCUGACAAGAUAUCAUGUUACAUGUUGAAACUAGCAGCAAAAUUGGGGUUUAUUUCUGAUAUCUUGUACCUUGCAAUGUAUUAUUACAAAACAUUUAGAAACACCAAAACAGUAAAUAUCCUAGAGAUAGCAAAGAUCAAGUUUGCGCGACCAUAUCUUAUGUACAUGAGUGAUGUUGAAAUCAUGGGAUAUUGCGAGGUAGGUAGAGGACAGUCUUAUUCUACAAAGAUGAGGAGUGUUGUUGGACGGGACAUCGAUCUCUCUACAAACAUCCAUUAUAUUAAUGAAUUAAUACAUGAGCAGCGUCUAAUGUGUCACAUCGAGGGUACCAUACAUGUCUCCUCAUUUGUAAUGUUACACAUGAUAGAAUUCUUAUGUUACAGACAUUCUGACGAACAUCGUGCGGAAGUAGCCUUAUAUGAUUUGAAGAAUUUAGUUGAAGACGGAAUUCUGAUUCGCCCCUGUACUAGAGACAUAUGUUGGCAGAUCUUAGGAAUUUGUCAACAGCUCAGAGGGGACAUUCCGACUGCAUUGUACUCGUAUCAACAAGCACUAAGACAGUACCCCUAUCACAACCUACAAAAUGUCACAAUGUUGAGGAUACGAAGUCUUUAUUAA